AUGGAGGCUUCUGAAGGAACUCCAGAGGACACCCAAGGCGCAUAUCAAGUCUUCUCGGUCAUGACAAGAAAUAACACUGAAGAAAUGUUUACUGAUCCACUGGACAGCCUGAAGACUCGGAAGGGGUUCCUGCCCACCGCCUCUGUGAUGGUCCUCAGAGCCUGGCUCUAUGAACACGGGUUUAACGCCUACCCUUCAGAAGCGGAGAAGCGACUGCUUUCGGAGCAGAGCAAUUUAUCCAGCGAGCAAAUUUCAAACUGGUUUGCAAAUGCCCGCAGACUUCUUCUGCCAGGUAUGCUUCAACAAGAUUCAGACCGUCUCGACCACCAGGCAGGCGAGGCUGUAGCAGUCCAACAGCAGAGCACCAACCCAUCUGUGGUGGUCCAGCCAACGUCCAAAGGGCCAGCCAGGGCUCAGGCUCUGCCACUGUGGCUCCUGCCAGUAGACCAAGAAUGGAAAGACAAGCUACCAGAACCCGAGUCUUCUCCAAGCCAGAAGCUCAUCCAGAAAACCCAAGGAGAAGAAAUGGAAGAUGACAAGACUUCCACCCGUGAUUCUUGGUCGUCUUCUCCAGAACUGAUGUAUCCAGAGGACUGCCCUGAUUUUAGCAACUUCUACAUGCUGGUGGAUGUCGCUGUACAAAGGGCCGAGGAACUAGAGGUGGAGAAGAAGAAACAUCCCAAACCGUAA